AUGUCUCCCGAAAGCAAAUUGGAAGUCGCAUACCCAAACAAUGACACAGAGUUCAUGGGCACUCUUCACCACGCCUUGUUAUGCGCACAAGCUGAGAUAAAACUUUACGGCCAUCGUCAUAUUGGAAUUCUGUACCCUGACAGUGAAUUUUCCACCGCCUACGAAACAGCGGCAGAAGAACUAGAUCAGGCGGAUUACAUGAAUUUAGAUAUCGCCGUCGACGACAGCGGAAGUGGAACCCUCGAAGCCGAGGACAUCAAACUCGUGCAAACUGUUCUCGACACGAAACAGUAUCACGAGAACGAGUUGGCGUAUGAGGCUAUGAUCGAUAAACUUACAAAUGGUACCUUUGAUACCAGUCAGGAGGGACGAAAUCAGGGAUCUGGCGCCACGCGCGAGGAUGCCAGGAUAUUCAAGGAGCAGGAGGAGGAGUAUGAGGCUAUGAUCGAUGGAAUUAUACAGGGGACGUAUGAUAGUGAACAUUAUGGUCGAAGCUAUGAUUCUGUUGUUGUUUAUUCUACAAGUAACUCAGAUGAUGAGCAUUUGGACGGAAAUGGUCAUGCUGAGGCGUCUGAGAAGGUUGGUGAAAGGUUAAGCGAGGAGUUGGAAUACGGGUUACAACUUGAUCAUCGCUCUAAUGCUCCUUCUCCGGAUGAAAUGGACGUCUCGUCUUCUCACAUUCAAAGAGGAAGUUCAGAAGAAAGUUUCGUUUAG